AUGUCGACCGGAAAUACCUGGAUGAUGGACGAAGCCACGCGCAAUCGGCUGCUCAAGAAAUACAAGACCCAGGUGGCUUCGGCGACUUCGACUGUCUGCGCCACUCUUGCCGUGACACCUCUGGAGAACGUCAAGACUCGCAUGCAAACACACAACUUCAAAAACGUGUUCCAGUGCGUCCGCUACCUGUGGCGUAACGAGGGACCCCGCGGUUACGUUGCUGGAGCCUUGCCCCCUCUAGCCAGCGUGACGGCGGUCCGGGUGAUGAACUUCUCGACCUACAAUGCCGCCAAGCACCGUAUCUCCGAUUUUAUGGAGAGAAUGACGGGCGAGUCGCCUCUGGCGCUCUACAACCAGCCGGGUAGCAGCCCCACCGCGUCGACUCUGUUCACCUUUACUGCCGCCGGUCUUUUCGCGGGCCUGAUCACCUCCCCACUUGCCUGUCCGUUCGAGCUCGCCAAGAAUGUGGUUCAGACUUCCGUCCUGGUGUCCAACCGCGCCCAGGCGUCCCCCAAUGCAGUCAGUGACCCUUCGCUGCGCAGCAAGCCGCGUCUUGGCACCAUCGAAGCGAUCCGCCAGAUCGUCCAGAGAUACGGAUUCCGCGGACUCUACACUGGAUUCCACCUCCACGCCAUGCGCGAUACCCUCGGCUCGGGCCUGUACUUUACCGUGUACGAGACAGUCAAACAGGUCGCGGCGAAGGAGCUGGGCCCGGACAAGUCACCUUUUGGAGCGCCGAUGAUCGCCGGGGCGAUCUGCAGCACUGUCCCUUGGUUCUGUACCUAUCCGCUGGACACCCGCAAGACCCGCGCGCAGAGCGUGCUGUUGGGCAAGACCAAAGAGGUUGGAGAAGCGUCUGCGGCGGUUGCUAAGUCGAGCAUGUACAAGGGGUUGUCGAUUAUUUUGAUCCGCACUGGCGUCAACAACAUGAUUCUGCUGAGUAUCUUCGAGUACAUCAAGAUGAGAAUCAACCAGCUGGACUAG